AUGUGGGGAGACGCUGAGACAGGAAGCAGAGCUGACAGUCGACCUGCCAGCAAAACAGAGAAGAAUGAAGGCGGCUGGAUCUCUGAAGGUGUUUUCUGGGACCCAGUGAGCGCCGCCCCGCAGAGCCGCUCUCAGUCGUCUCUGAUCCGACCACAUCCUGUGAAGCUCUGCCUCGCUGACAGGAAGCCUGCUGACCGGCUCACAUCGACCCGUUCAUCUGCUGCAGGUCCGAUGGGCGACUCGGGGCCGCUGGCGGCGGCGCUCUCUGCGGCCGCGGUGCUGUCGCUCAGCCUGCUGUCGCUGCUCUGUCUGCGCUGCAGAAAGAAGUCCACCAUAAUUCAUGCAGAGUCUCAGAUAUAUGAUCCCCAGGUUUUCCAGCGUGGAGGAAGUAAAUUUGCAGUGGUGAGAUCAAAACAGUUCAUAAACUUGACCAGAGCCAAUCAGAUGUCUUCAAUAGAAACUGCUGGGGAGUCUGCGCUGCCAGACGAUCAAACUGAAGAGCAGGACUAUGAAAACGUUUCAGACUUGCAAACCAACAGCUCCAGCCUGGAACCUGACUACGUAGCGCCAAUCGGAGAGACUUUAUAUGUAAAUGAGAAGAGCAGCUUACCUGAUGCUGAGCUGAAUCCAGGCGUUUACGGGAAUGUUUUCCCAUCGCUGUUAAUAACAGAAGAUGACGACUAUGAAAACACAGAGUUCCUGGAGCAGCAAGCCAAUGAUGAACCGGACUAUGUGAACGAAAACGGGGAGAGCACCUGAACGCAUCACGACCAAACAGCAGCAGAUCAUUACGCAACGUCCGCUUCAUUUUGUAAAUACACAGCAGGUGCUGCCCCCUGGCGGUGAACAAAUAAAUCUAUUCAUUUGUUUCAA